CUCUCCCUCUCUACUCCCAUUUUCAUUUUCCUCAUAGUAUUACCUCAAGAGACAGCCAGCAGCGCCCCCUAGUCUAGCUGCAGCAAGUGGCUGUUAGCAGCUCCUGUUAAUUACGAGCAAGUGGGUCUGCAAGUAGAGCCAUGUGGCCACUUCACCAUCUCAUCAGAUGGAACAUCCACCUCACCCUUCAACUUCUCAUCUUGUUGCGACUACCACACGCAUGUACAGCAACAGCCAACGUGGCUUCGCAAGUUGCUGCGUGUGACCGCCCCUGGGUCAAGGUCUUUGAAAACGACGAGCAAGGUACCCCCGUAUUUGGCGAAAAGCAAGAUCUCAAGAUGGCGGUCCUGCGAGGGGCGACAAUCCGCGUGUUGAUGCACGACUUUGUGGUCGAGCCCGGGGGCUACGCCACCCACAGCUUCACUUCCGGUGUGGAUAAUAUCAACAUCAGAGGCGACGAGAUAUGCGCCGAGAUUAUCAAUCACAUCGCCGUGCGGGGCUGCGAGUUCGUGGAGAAUGCGCACUAUCGUCAUUUCCUGCCCUGCACGAGCGGCAACGUGCACGUGGCGCAGUACCUGGUGGAGAGCCCCAGCUUCCUGGGACAGGACACGCAGAAAGUCCGCAUCUCGUGGUUCGCAAAGGAGAUCCAGGCCGACAUCCACAACAACAAGCCUUUCUACGGACACUUUCUGGACGGCGGCGCCACCGUCGGCAAUAAGGAGGAGUUGCUGGAAGCGGCCAAAGAAGGCAAGGAUAUCCGAGCUCUCAUGACGGACCGAGGCUACGGCUUUCCGCUGCACGUGGUGAUGUGGUCACGUGACGGGCGCGUGGCGGGUCAGAGCAACAUGCACCUGUCGCAGAAGUACAGCGGUAACAACAUCGUCUACAACACCCAGACGCCGUACAGGUGGAUGUCCUCCUGGAGCACAAACGGCCGGAGGACAGCUCGCGCUGGGCCGUGGGGGUCGCACCAACCGGGGCGGGGUCAGAUUACGUCUCGCUCAACUGGUUCGUCGACGCGUGCUGGCAGCACGUCUACACCAAUGACGAGUACGGCGAAGCUAGCGAGGGCUCCUAGAAAUGUUGGUGGCGGCCGUCAGAGCGGGUCACCGCAUCCGAGUUGUCCUCUCCAACUUCGCCAUGGAGGCGCAUUUCAUCCGCAUCCGUAACGGCCACGUCACCGCCUAACCUCACGACAUGAUGUCCAACAAGGGCGGCGACUCCUUCGACGAGUUCGACUUCAAGACGGACACGUACUACGUCUUCCGCCUGGCACACACUACGGGGACGGUGCGUACCUACGGCUUCCUGGUGCGUAACACCUCUAUUCCUGUGGUGCCUGUCAUGUCCAAACAAGCCAUCAAAUGGUUUAUGGAUACCCGCAAGUGGCACAAGAUUCUCGAGACCAAGAGCACCGGGGUGGCUACCUGGGGGCUUAAGGGCAACGUCAAGAGCGCCAUCCGCAAGGCUGCUGACGUCCGCCUGGGCGUCAUCUUCGACGAGCGCAGCGGCGAGAUGUACAUGAACGUGGACAACGCGCGGGUGGCCACUGCGGGUGGUGACGACGACUCGACGGCACAGGCCAUCCGGGUGCUGGGGGACCGGCCAUACGACGCCCACGAAUACGAGCUGGCGGCCUUCCCCUUCUGGGUUUACCUGUGCAUCCCGACCACCUCCUCCAUCAACCUGUCUGGCUGGCAGUUGGGUGAGCAUCGCCGCUACUUCCAGAGCAGCAGGCGGGCCCAGACCUUGUGGUUUGCACAGCUCUGAGACGGCGGACAUUUUGUCAUCGUCAGACGUUUAACAGGCCACCGGGUUUUACAGGCUCUCAAACUCCGGGUAUUCACGCAAUCUUCUCUUAAGCAGGUUACAUUGGACGCCGGGUGACAGCUAGGCUAGUUCUGUAGGUUCAUCAAGUCCAAACACAAGUGGCCGGUAGUCACGUGCCUCCACUCAAUGACUUUCGCUGUCAAAAGUUUCAAUAAACGUCAACAUUGGUUAUCACAGAAAGAA